UUAUUCUUCUUCUUCUUCCUCUAAAAGAAAAGAAACGCGCGUUACGCUCAAUCAUGUAUCGCUGAGCAUUUCUCUCCAUUCUUAAUCAUGAAACCACUCAAUAAACCACUCGCUCACCGUCUCCUCGAUAAAUCUAAACCCAACUUGUCAUCCUUCAAAAACUUCACUCUCCCUAUUGAUCUUGAUCCACAAACACCAUCACCUGAUCACUUAAUUAAUUCGUCAGAUACCUGUUUUGCCAAUUCAUGGAAACAAUUGAAUCCCACUUUAAAUGUCUUUUUUUCUAAUUCAAAAUCUGGGUCGCUUUCAGAUUCGAGUAAAGUUUCAAGCCUCGGCAUUGGCAAUGAACCGAUCUCGAAUACCCAAUUGUCCAAUUUAUCCAAACAAACAAAAUCCAUAUUCAGAACCUCAUUUUUCUUUCAAACAAGAUAUUUUUCAAGUGAAAAUCAAAAUCCGCCAAAUGGGUUUCCAACGGUUUCCACAGUUACCUCACAGCUUCAAAGCUCUGAGCCAAUUGAUGCAGGCUCUUCGAUUCGAAAACCUAUCAGUUUAUGGCCUGGAAUGUACCAUUCACCAGUAACAAACGCUUUAUGGGAAGCAAGAUCGAGCAUAUUUGAGAAACCUGUCGAUUCACCGGUUGAUGGGAGUGUACAGAGUGAGUUGGUAACAAAAACUCCAUCAAAGAGCAGGACUAGUAUUCUUUAUAAUUUUUCUUCUGAUUAUGUACUUAGGGAGCAGUAUAGAAAUCCUUGGAAUGAGGUUAGGAUGGGCAAGUUGGUUGAAGAUCUUGAUGCUCUUGCUGGAACCAUUUCCUAUAAGCACUGCUGCAAUGAGGAUGGCAUAACAAGGCCUAUUUUAUUGGUCACUGCUUCUGUUGAUAGGAUGGUUCUGAAAAAACCAAUUCGGGUUGAUGCUGAUCUGAAAAUAGUUGGUGCUGUUACAUGGGUUGGGCGGUCAUCCAUGGAGAUCCAGUUGGAGGUGACUCAGUCAACAGAAGGGGCCUCCAGUCCAUCAGACUCGCUUGCUCUAACUGCAAAUUUCACAUUUGUGUCUCGUGACCCAAAGACAGGAAAAUCAGCUCCAGUUAACCGGAUCUCACCUGAAACUGAAGAAGAAAAAUUACUUUGGGAAGAAGCAGAAGAAAGAAACAAAACAAGGAAAAAGAUGAGAGAAGAAAAUAAAAUGGAUGCUGAGAAUAAGGACAAGGAGAGGCUCCAUGCAUUGCUGGCAGAAGGGCGGGUCUUCUGCGACAUGCCGGCAUUGGCAGACAGAGAUAGCAUUCUAAUAAAGUAUACUUGCCAUCGGAACUCCUUGAUCUGUCAACCACAGCAAAGGAACAUCCAUGGUCGCAUCUUUGGAGGAUUUUUGAUGCGUAAAGCAUUUGAGCUGGCUUUUUCAACUGCUUAUGCAUUUGCCGGCGCAGCACCGCGCUUUCUUGAAGUUGAUCAUGUUGAUUUCGUUAAACCUGUCGAUGUUGGAAAUUUUCUUCGCUUGAAUUCUUGUGUUUUGUACACAGAGCUUGACGACCCCACUAAACCAAUGAUAAAUGUGGAAGUUGUAGCUCAUGUUACAAGGCCUGAGCUAAGGUCCAGUGAGGUAUCUAACAAGUUCUAUUUCACAUUUACUGUCCGUCCUGAGGCCAUUGAAGAUGGAUUGAGGAUUCGAAAUGUUGUUCCUGCUACCGAAGAAGAAGCUCGUCGAGUUCUGGAACGUAUGGAUGCUGAGAACUCCCACAUUGCAAAAUCAUGAAAGCAGAUUCACUCUCGCAGUUACUUCAACAGUCCAAAUGCAAAUGAAGCUUUUUUUUUUUUUUUUCUCUUUUUCUUAUUACUACUCUCAACAUUUUUGUUAUCUGUUAGUAAUUAAAUUUAUAUGAUAGGCGAAUAAAUCAAAAUUAAUAAUUUAUUUUAA